GCGGCUCUCCGCGAAGGCGGUCAGAGCGAGCGCGGAUGCCAGCCGAGACGCUUCGCUGCGCGUGUGUCUCUCCGAAUGGAAUGGUCGUAUCUCGUACAGUAUACUCAAUCGACGCUGCUUUUUGUGCGUAUCAUCGGGGGCUAGGAAAAGUGUGAUAAUAGAGAAAGAGAAAGAGAGAAGAUAGCGAGAGAGACUGUGUGGAACUGGUAUACGUAUAUAGUCUGGCUCAGUGCGCGCGUCAGCUACGACACGUUUGUGCCGUGUAUACACAGAGCUAUAUUAUAAACGAGAGGAGAGCACAAGUGUCACGUGGCCGCGAAUCGAUCGAGCUCUCUUCCGCUUAGCUGUGUUGUGUGGAUAAUAUAACUACCUACGCCUCGGAGAAGGUCACGGAACCGACACGACGACGACACCCCCGCGUUGACUCUGGCUCGCUAUCCAUAUAUAACAGUGUGUGAGUGUGUGUUAUCCUUUUUACUCGAGGGGCUGCGUCGACGACUUUUUCUGCGCUGAGAGAUGCCGCAGCAGCCGAAGAUGAUCCUCGAGCGAACCAACAAGCCGGAAGAAGCCGCCCACUCAAAACUUUAGACUGAAAGCCGCAGCAGCGACGUACUCCUGGUAGGAUGUCGAUAAGCGGAAGCCUGAUGGGUUACGAGAACAACAACGAGGUGGUGAGUCUGCAGCUGGGCAACGGCAGCAGCGGAGGCAAGGCCUGCAAGAAGCCGGUGAUAAAGGCCUUGCCGGUGGUGACGAGCGUGAACGCGCAGGGCGUCACCUCGACGGGGCCCGGCGGCAUCAGCAACCUCACCGGCAACGGCAAGCACCAUCUGCCCAACGGAAGGUUCUCCUCGAGCAGUAGACGUGGCAGACGACGAGAGAGCUGCGCGCGGGGACACCUCAACAGCCUCUGGUCCGUCUGGUACGGCAUCAUCGCCGUCGGCUUCCAGGCUUACAUCGCGUUCAGGUGCACCAGGAGGUUCAUCGCGUACCUGUCUCUGCCGUGGCCGGCGGACGCGCCACCGCCGAAGAUCGAGUUGCACGCGUGUCUGGCUCUGGCGGGCACGGGUGUCCUGCUGCUGCCAAUCCUUUUAGCGGCGGCUUGCCUCAAGCUCGGCAAUCUCGCCAACGACGGCAUCAAGCUCGGCCGGCAGCUCAGCACCUGCAGCCGCGAUCCGCCCACCUCCUCGCUUCUCAACGCCGCCAACCCCGAUACCGGGGUGGCCAACAAUCUCUGGAGACACGGCGGCCCGACCGCGGCUUUCGUCCACCUAUGCACGGCCAUGUGCUUCCUGCUGCCGUCCCUGCUCAUGGAGGCUCGUCUCAUCCACGCUGGAUUCCUGCCAAAAGACGCUGUUUGGCGAACGGAUCUCGACUGGAUAGUGGACCACCGGAACCCUUUCGCGAACAUCCCGGAGAACGUGAGUCUGAGUCUGUCCUCUGGUCAGACGCCGGGAGGCGGUUACUACACCAGCGCUCAGCCCUACUCCGAAAUCGAUCUCGACGAGAUCCUCAACAGCACGAGUAGCUUCGAAGAGAUCACCUCCUCGGCGUUGCCCCAGCCGACGAAACUAUCGACGCUCCUACGGCUGACGCCGUCCACGAGUGCUUACUCCACCGAAGCUGCCACCUCCGACGGUACAGCCUCGACCGUGUCGACGAGCAAGAAGCCGACCUCGAAGAUGAACGCGAGGAACGUCCAGCAGAGGCUGCGGCCGAAAAUGAAGAAAAACUCGGCCAUAGCCAGGCAGCAGCAGAGACACCAACAACAGCAGAGCGGACAGGGACCCACGGCUGCAGGACUGACUAGCGCGGGAAAUAUGAGCGCUUACAGUCUGCCGCUCACUUUCGACAGUCUGGCGGAUUUGGAUCGGCCGGAGAGCCUGAAUUUGGAGAUCGACGAGACGAGCGAGGUUUACGGGCCGAUCACGCUUGAGUAUCUCAACUACGCUAUAGCCUUAGGCGUUUACUCCGUGAGAUAUCCUGCGGUAUUUUGGGCUACCAACAAGGCGCUUGGGACGAUUUUCAGCAUCCAACUUGUAGCUAAUGCCGCCCAGAGUCUUCUCGCUUAUGCCGGCAUGUCUAUACUUUACAAAAUCCAGGUAGUAGGCCCCAUGAAGGUUCUACCUCUUCUGCGUCACCGCACGGUCCCCACGACCACGAGCACCCUGAGCGGUAUAGGCGCGCUGUCCAGCUUCUUCGGCAGCGAUCGGUUCUUCCUUUUGAAUCCGCACGUGACCCUCGGAAUUUUCGCGCUCUCGUCGCUUUUGGUGCUCUGCUCCAGUAUGGUGAUGUACCUAUACGCGUACGGUAGAUUCGCGGGCUUCCUGAAUCAGGAGCGCGAGCGCCGAGUCAUCAUGUCGAAGGAGGGUCGUCGACGUUCCGAGGACAUGGGCUGGACCUAUAUGACCCAACCGGCCGCGCUCUGUCUCUUCCUUGCCAUCGGCAUCUGCAGCGCGCCGCUUCUCUACGACUACACAGUGGUCUACCGAGGAAGUCUGGAUGGUGUCGUGUUUGUCUGCAUCGUCGGUUCGAUAAUGCAUCUUGGGCUUUGGCUUGUAAUUUGGCUGUUCCUGAGUCUCAAGCGUAGGUGGACGUUCAAGCUUCGAGUUACGAUUGGCAGAGCCACCGUCCGAUCCGCGAGAUCCGUCAAGCUAGUCACGGAUGUUGAUCUCGUCAACAGGAAGGACGAGGAGGACGGCAGCGGAGCUCCACUGUUAGUUGUCGGUAACGGCAGGACCUACACCGUUGCUGAAACGAGUCCUAAGAAAGCCAUUAUGAGUGUCAUUCAGAAAGCGGCUAUGGAGCGCAAGGCUCGAUCUCAAGCUGGCAAUUUGGACUCGAUGGACCCAGAGUCGGCGGCCGACGGCGACGAGCAGAUCUACUGGUUGAGGCCGAAACUGAGACCGUCGCCCGUGCAAGCGGGCGACGGCUCGAGCGGUGGUAACGGACAAUCCAAUGAAAAGGGCUGGCUUAAUAAGAAGCUCAAGCAGAAAGUGACCUUCAACGACCUGCCUAGUACGUCAGGCUCGCGUCAUAAAGGAAAGGCCAGACGAGGCGAUGGUGUUCCCGAGGACGACGGGGACUACGCAACGCUACGCGAACUUCCGCUAGUGACUGCCCAUGAUCUUGGCGAUGACACGACUUCCGAAGAAAACAAGCAGUGGGGGAGAUGGCUGUCGCCUCGUAGGGCCGACAUUCCGAAAUUCACGGAUCUUCUGGAGUGUGUGAACGACGACCAGGUGACGUACUACGCCAGUGGCAACCGCGAUCUGCAGCCCUCGGAAGGUGAACCCUCGCCAAUGCUCAGCCCAUCAGCUCUUCCUGGACCACCGACUUUGGACGUCGGACUACCGCUGCCUCUGCCGCCACCCACGCCGACGAACGCCGCUGUCCAGGAGUCCGUCGCGCUCGGCCACGUUGCUGCAGUCAUGCCGCAGCAACCCCGCUGCCUGCGCAGAGCGGACUCCGGUAUGCCGCACGAGGAGCUGACCCCGCGCUCGGACUCUUCUCACUCACCGCCUCUCAACGGUCACUGCAGCGCCAGCAACAACAGCACCAGCAGCAACAGCGAGACAUCCUCUAGCGGUGUCCACAGUAACGCCAGCAACGCGAGCAACGCCAGCUCCCAUCGUCGAGCCAACAGCGUCGAGGACCUGACGAACGAGCCGCGCGAGGAGCCCAACUGGCGAAGCUGCUCCCUUCAACGGGGCACCCAACCCCCCAGUCAGAUGAUGGCUCAGACCGCGGCGGUCCAGCCGCAGCAGCAGGUGCCGCGCACGACCCUCUACAACGGUGAGCUCGCCGCUGCGGCCGUCAUUCUCGAGAACCCCAACGAGGCCACCGUCGUCAUCCGGCGCAAGAACUCGCGGCCCAAGCUCCAGGAACCCCCCGCCCUCAGCGAGGAGCCCUUCGGACGGUCGACGAACAUGCGCAUGACCUCGUUCACCGAGAACAACGAGCUCCGCUCCAUCCAGGCGUCCUCGGCUACGCUGCCGCACUACCCGACCCAGCCGGUGGUCACCUAUCCCCACUGCUCGACGAUGCCCCUGCCCCACGCGUCUAGCCACGCCGCCUCGAACAGCCUGGCUGGCUCCAGUGGCAGCUGCGGCUCCGUACAGCCCCGGCAUCCAGGUGGGCCGCUAAGCGAUCGCAGCUACCCCUCGUCCUCCUCCUCGUCCCUGGAAACUUACGUGUUGUAUGAACGCGCAGGUAACCAAGUGGUGCUACCGGGUCAGCAGCAGCAGCCGUCGGUGCCGAGCCACACGACCCUGCCGUCCCAUCACAACGGGGUCAGGCUGAUGCUGCACGCCGGGCCCAACCCCUUCGUCAAGCGCUUCCCCCCGGCCACGGCCGUCCAGCCAUGGGGUGCCGUUCUGCCCAGCGCGAGUGGAGCUGCGGCCAUCGGGCAUCAUCAUCAUCUGCACCACACCUUCCCCCAGGCGCCGGCGCCGUCCAUGAACGGCAAACUCGCCGCCCCCACGGCUCAUCAGCCGAGACACUCCGAUAGGGAUUCGGCUAACUUCUCCAUGGCCAGCAGUGGGGACAGCGACACCUGUCUGCCCCAUUGACCGCUCGUCUCGUCAAACUAGGUUCUAUUCUCUGAAUACCCCCUAUCCCUAGUUUCUUCGCUUCUUCUUUUAAAGAAUCUGUUUAUCCGGCCAUUCUGAAUGGUUUUAUGUUUUAGAUUUUUAGUUGCGUUUAACGUUUUGUUAUGUUAUGUUGUUUGAUAUUUAUUUGUGAGAAAGCAUGCGGAUUUUCUCCCAUUUUCUGAUCUCUGCGAGAGAGUUGUGCAAUCGAAUUUCGAUUUUUCGUACUAUACGGUUAACAAUCCGAGGCAAUAAAUUGUAGCCUAAAAAAAUACUUGUGUAUUUGAAAAAAAAAAUCGUUUUAAAGCGAUGCCGUUGUACGUCGACGACGUACGGAGAGUUACGUUUAUCUGUAUGAAUGAGAUUCCUCCCCGAGGAGAUUUAUGUUCCUGCGAAGAUACUCAUGCUCUCGUAUAUAUUAUUAUAUUAAAAAUACAUAUAUUCAGCUUUGAAAUGAAUAUGGAAUUUAAAUCGCUCAAGGCACGAAUUGGAUUUCCGCGAUUCACGGCACUUUCACGUAGCAAUGAGAAUUUGAGACUUUUAAACAAAUAAAACGAAGCAAUUAAACUAAAAAUUAAAAGACUUGCAAGAAAAAAACUAGCACAUAUCGAGAUAUGCAAUGAAGGAAUUUUACUUCCUAUAGCUUUUUGAUCGAUGAUUUAUUUCGAGCGAACAUAUCUUAUAUACACGUGUAAAACUUUCUCGUGAAUCGAAGUGAUUCUUUCUCGCAAAGAGUCGAAAAAGUGUCGAUGACUCGCCGAAAGCCUUGAAAGAUGAAAAAAACUACGCCACUGUUAUUUAAGUAAUCUACGUAAUAUUUAUAUCGAAACAAGAAAUGCUAUACAUUUAUCUCUAUGGUAAGAAAAAAAAAGAAAAAAUGAUAUGAAAAUCUGAAAUAUUCUAAUGAUUGUAAACGCCAUCAUUGUGUAUCGCUCUCUUAUGAAGGUUCGUGCAUAGUGAAGACACGCGCGCUUUUGUUGCUUUGAAAUAAGAUACCGUUCGUUAUUGGCACGCUCUGAUAGAAGCUUUCACAUUUCAAAGUAACGAAAGCUCGACGCGUCUAAUAGUGAAAGUAGGAUUUAAGGUUGUCGCAUCGAGGAUGUUUUGUACCUAUACUUGAAAAGAAAAAGCUUUUUCUAUAUCGAAGAAUAACACUGUAUAUUAUGUUGCAAUAAUAACCUCUGUACAUUGUCACGAGCACCAUUUUAAAGGGCUUUGUUUCGAGAAAGUGUUUUAUAAUGUAAGAGUAAUUUAAUCUGUAUAUAUAAUACAUACUAUGCGUCGUUAUCUUUUUACCGCUUUAAGAAUGUUAUAAUAUCUGGAUUCAAUUAGGCUAAGUUAUUCACGGUAAAAAGGUAGCUUACCAUUUCUGUGUUCUCGAUUUUAUGUGAAAAAGAAAAUUCGCGUGUGGCGAAAAAAAUUUCUUACUUUUGGUAUGUUUGUAGUUCUAAUGUGGUAUUUGAUUAAUUGAUAAUUUUAGUUGGAUUAUCUGUCUGUUGACGUAUUAUAUUCAUGGCUUAGUUCUUAAGUUAAGAUAAUUCAUUCCUUCCUCAGUAGUACAUUCGCACUUUGAGCAUCAAGCUAUGACUAUAUCGUUAACAAAGCCACAUUGAAAUUUCUCAAAAGAAGCAUUCGAGAUUAUCUUUGCGCUACUGAAGCGAACUACUGCCAUUCGUUCGAAGCAUUUGCGAAUCUUAUUUCACGACUCGUUUUGAGUUUCUUCAUUUUUAUAUAUUUUCUUUGUAAAUAAAACGCAUUUGUGAUUGAACGCAGAUAGAUAGAUCCUGCACCGGGAUAAAAUAAAAGAAACAGUAAAACUCAUACUUUUACAGCCUACUCUAUUAUAACUAUCGCGGGGUUGAAAAAGUGCUACUUUACCUAUAGGCUCAUACUGCAUAGAAAUCAUAUUCUGUAAACGAAAGAACAUCAAAUCUGACGAGUCCCGGUAGAGUAUCUUACCAUCAGUCGUUCGUCGUGGUAGACUACAGUAUCGAGACUUGUAUGAGUUUUCAAAAUAAAUGUUAAUUACAUAGAAAUAAA